AUGCACAGCAUAAAGCAUGGCCUAGCCCUGAAGGAAUUAAAUCCAAGAGCAGUUCCUGAAGAGCAAGAUAUACCGUUAAGAUUGAAAAAGCUUCUAGAAAGCAACAAGCCCAAGAAAAGUGCAGAAUUGCCCAAAAAGUUUAUACAGACACAAGCUAAGCCAGCGAAGCCACAAGAGGUGAAAAAGAGUGAAAAACCAAAAGCAGAGAGCCCGAAGCAAGUGACUGAUUUGUAUAAAAAGCAAUUGGAAUAUUCUCGAAACUAUGAAGCCUACAUGAGUGAGUCAAAACAAGGGUUUACCAAAGAUGAUCUUUUUGAUAUCCCUAAGAAAAGCAGCGCCAAUAUUCCUGAGAAGCCCAAGCCUGACCCAAAACCCCAAAAAGAUGUGGAUGCACUUAUAGCCCUCGCAAUUCAUUAACAUUAACAUUAUUUAGAGGUUUAAACGUGCUUUUUUGGCUCCGCAGGGUGAUUUAACAAAGCCACAAUGGCUCACCCCAGUAGACACCAACUGGUGACGUCGCCGGCAUUUCCGACGUCACCCUUUUAUCGGGCCGACGGACCAUCAUAAGCAAGUUGCGGCCAAUUGACUGCCAGAUCUCAUGGGCUGCGUUGACUCCUGCGCGUCGUGCCGCCUAUGGGUUUCCCUCCUCGGGAGUGUCAAGUAGUAAAGCCCUAUAUCCACCAAACAUCCAAGGAUCAGGCCAGGAGGCUGCGCACCCUCCCCGUUGCUUACCUGAUAUUGUUGGAUAAGGUCCCAUCGGGAAAACUGAACCCUAUGAUAAUAAAAUUGGCCAAAGGAGUGAAAUUCUUCAGAGAAGAAUUUUCUCGACGACGCCCCAUUUUGUUAUUAUCAUAACCCUAGCAAUCCAAAAGAAAAAGAAGCGGACUAAUGAGAAAGGUAUUAAAUUAAAGCACGGGCAAGGUCUUUUAAAUGGCUACAUGAUUUGGUGUGCAAGGUGCUCUAAAAACCAUCCUAGCGAUUUCCAUCAGAAAGCAAAGACAAUUAAAAGCACAUCUACCCCUGCUCUUCCUAUAAAAAGGGAUAGGCUUGAGGCGCCAAUUAUCAGUAAGCAAAAAGUGAGCAGCCCAGUUGACGAGUAUAGCUAUGAAGAGGAAGAAGAGUACGAAAACGAAGAUGAGGAGUCUGACUUGGACGGGUUUAUUGAAAGAGACGACUACCAAAACAAUGUGUCAAAAAUCGUCAGAAAAAUGUAUAAUUAUGAUCCAACUAAAUAUAGAGACAUUGAUCGAUUACCAACAAGAGAUAUGGAAGUCGGAGCUGAGAGGAUAUUUAGAGAAGAAGAUUACAGUGCGAAAAUUGGCAGGUAUGAAGAUCGAAAAGAGUUUGAGAAGCUAAAACGAAGAUAUUAA